ACGAGAUCAUCCUUCCCUCCCCCACAUCACUACAUCAGAGCUUGAAGCUCUCUUCUCUCUCUCUACUUGCCAUGUCCGGCCAUGGCUGCCACCACUCGAUCUCUCUUAUCGGAGCAUUGCCGGCCAAGCCCUCGCGCCAAUAUAUUUGCCUCGACGAGGAGAACCCAUUUCACCCCUUUCCCCCAACCCUUCCACCUUGAGUUAAGCCACCACCGCCAGCUCCCAAAUCGGCCGAACCAAGCACUUGCCGCCGGCGUUCCGGUCUCCUCCCUCUCCCUCUCCGCCAGCCACCGCCCUCCCUAGGUGCGUGGCGCUCGGGAACACCACCCACCGACGGCGUCGUCGCCUUCCGCCCGCCGGAGAGCCAGCGCCCCUCCUCUCCUUCUCCUCUGUUGCUCGGCUGGAAAGAGAAGAAAAGAAGAGAGGAAGAAGAAGAUGAGAGGAGAGAGAAAAAGAAAAGAAAAAGAAAGGAAGAUUGACAGUUGUAUCUUCCAAUAUCUCAGGCUUAGUCCGUCAGUGAUCAACUGCAAAGUGCAUACUCGCCAUCAGAUUCCAAGAGCAUUCGCAUCAGACGAUGCCUGGAUGGAUGGUUCGCACGGUGUUCUUGCUCAAUUCGUGGGUAAUCCGGGCGUUGGUAGUAUUCAGCUUCGCAGCGCACGUCACCAUCGUCUUCUUGGCCGGAGUCCGCCGUCGUAGGGCUAUUGGCUUGCCGAUAACCAUCCUGUGGGCGGCGAACCAGCUGGGCCGGUGGGCCGCGACGUACGCACUCAGCAAGCUCGCCCUCGGCAGCACGCCGCAGGAGCUGGAGCUGGUGACGCUCUGGGGGGCUUUCCUGCUGCUCCAUGCCGCUGGUCCGGACAACAUCACCGCCUACUCCUUGGAGGACAAUGUUCUGUCGACGCGCCAGAAGGUAGAAAUGAUCUUGCAGGUAUCAGGAGCAGCAUUUGCCAUGUACAAGAAUAUAGUCAUCAGAAGCGGGUCCGGUACGAUGGUCUGGAUCUCUUCUUUCAUGUUCAUCAUGGGCAUUUUUAAGUAUUGGGAGAGGGCGAAAGCUAUGCAGCUCGCCAACCUAGAAAACUUGCGAAGCUCAAUCAAGAAGAAGAAGGAGACAAGGAGACGACGAAGCUUGAGAAAUAUUAGGCGUCCAAGCAGUUCAAAGCAUGAUAAUGACGAGGAGGCACUGCUGGUUGCUCAUGGCCUGCUCGACAUCACCAAAGGCGCCUUCGUCGAUUCUUCAAUCAACGAGCAUCAAAUCCCUGUCUAUGCUGGCAGGAGACGAGAGAUAUUUCCUAAGAGUGGCUGGGGGAUGAUGUACAAGGUGGUCGACAUGGAGCUCUCCCUCAUGUACGACAUUCUCUACACCAAGGCGGCCAUGGUGCACACCUGGCAUGGCUACGCCAUGCGUGCCGCCUCUCCGUUCGCCACAUCCAUGGCCUUCAUGUUGUUUUGGUUUGACAGCAAGCAAGGUCAGCGGAUGACCGACGUUUUGAUAACCUAUGUCUUGCUGGGAGGUACAGUCCUCCUAGACAUCAUAUGGCUUCUCAGAGCAGUGGCAUCAACAUGGACCUAUUCGUUCCUCAAUGAUAGGCCACACCUGUGGGUUCAUCACGCGUUAUUGUGCUCUGGGAAGUGGCGCCAGCUCCAUCGUUCCAUUGUCUCCCUGGAUCCGUCAUUGAUCCUCGCCAAGGAACCAAGUAGCUACAGGAAGUGGUCUGGAAAAAUUGGGCAGUAUAACUUGUUGCACGAGUGCACUCGUGACAAGGACCAAAGGACCAGGGAAUACUUGAGCUCUGUGGUGAAGAAAGUAGCAUCGGAGGGCAUGUGGAUGGAGUACGAGUACCACAACUUGAGGGGUAUUCAUAUUUCACAGGAUUUCAAGAAGAAAUUGUUGGAUUGUAUUUGGGACUAUAUGUAUUUAGCAUACCCAGUUGAAGACAUGGAGGAGGUGGAGGAGGAGGAGAAGAAGAAGAAAGAGGCGGAGAAGAAGCCAAAACUGCUGAUGAUGCUUCCUGAGCAUCACAAUGUUGAGAACAUUCGGAAAUUGGAAGAAGCUCUGGAUUUUCUUCCUGAAUUUCAGGAGUCCAUUCUUAUCAUGCACAUCGCUACGGAUAUUGUCUUCAUGUAUACUAAAUUUGAACAAAAUGCAGCAUCGUCCAAGUCCAAAGACAAUGUGAAGAUGAUCAAGGCCUUGUCGGAUUACAUGAUGUUCCUCGUCGCGGUGCGACCCACCAUGCUACCUGGUCUUAAGCUGCGCAGCCUGUACGAAGCUACUAAGGAAGCUCUUGCCAAAAUAUGGUCUAAGAAAGAAUCUUCCCGCUGUAGCUCCAGAACAAGACAAAAGUGUCUUGCUAACAUCUUGCGAUGCAUGGAGAACAAAAAGAGAGGGACAAGGCCGGAUAAAUCCGACAACUGGAGGCUAGGCUACAGGACCCGGAACUGGGAACCAGACUAUACAACCGAUCUUUACAACGUUAGUAUUGUUCUGUCAGAUGGGAUUAAACUAGCUGAUCAUUUGCUGCAAUGGCUACAUGGUAAUUGCUGGGUCAAAUUUCCCGAAUGUGAAUACUCUUACGAGGCAAAAUUUGCACAGAUGUUUCCGAAAUUGAGGGAAAUCCUGAACGAGCGGCCGAUGUCCGACCACCCCGAUAAAUGGUCGCAACUGUUGGAACACAUCUUCUUGGAGUGGGUGCGUCUGCUGAUUAACGCGUCCGUCAAGUGUACAAGAGAUUCUCACGCCAAGCAGCUCAGCCGUGGUGGUGAGCUCACCACCAUCGUUUGGAUCCUGGUUGAACACGCUGGCUUAUUCCGCGUUGACCGUCAAAAGAGAUGAAAUUAACUGUUUGUUGCUUCCUACUGAAUCGAGGGGUUCAUAUAUAAGUUGAGACGUCUGUCUUCUCUUGUGGUCUGUACCUGUAAAACUCAAUUUGUAGAUCACAGCGUUCUCAAUUAUAUAUACUAGCCGCCAACCCGUGUCUUGCAGAGGCUAUAUAUCACUUAUAUUAUAAAUACUAAAUUCUGCA